AUUUCUCGCAAGGCUGGCCCCCCGAUGAGGGCAGUUGUGCGUGAAUUGCCGGACCGGGAGCGUGACGGGACGCAGGUGUCGACUGCCUUUGUGUCUGACUGGGCGCCCCUCCGUUUUAAGGUCUUCUCGGAGGACAUGAACAAUGCUUUAAAGUACUGCACUGCUGCGGGAGAGUUCCGCUCGGACAUGAAAGUAGGACUCCUUUUGUGCCGCCAGCAGGAUGUUCUUACGGCCGAAAAAAAGUUCAUCAUCUUGAAUUGGAUGCUCCCCAACGCCAUCAAGCUGCACAUGGAUCGUCUCCACGUUCAACCGGAGAAGCGCCCAGUGGUUGUUCCGUUGUUUCCGGCUGGAGACGCAUGCCGCAAUUUUGAAAUACCCAGCUCCCACCACACGACGGGCGUUUUUGGCGCGGACAUGGUUUUGUACGCCGCUGCUGCACCGACUGAAGGUACUAAUAAUGCGUGGACAAUGGGGUGCGUUGAGUUGCCCAAUGGACGUCCUGUGGUCGGGAUGAUAAAUAUUGGCCCGAAUUCAGCCACCUAUUCGGAGUUCAGUGUUCGUAUCGCGGCACAUGAGAUUGCGCAUGCACUUGGGUUUGCUUUGGAAGUGUUUGAGGCCAGGAAUAUGACACAGAUGAUACCUGAGGUUCGUGGAAAAAAGUAA